AUGCGAGGGCAGGACAAUAGCGUCUCGAUGCAGUCGACGAUCAACUACCUCGACGAUGAUGACGAUGACGACAUUGGCGGGAAGGUGGUGGCACUGGGGGAGGACGACGACGAUGACAAUGCAAACGACGGCAGCUUCCUUCGACCGAUGCGAAUGACCGCUCGUCAAGCCAGCAACAAGGAGAAUGGCGGAAAGAAUCCAUUCAAGGUGGUGACGGCGGACAAGAACAAGAGUACCAACCAGCGAAUGCGAGAGUCGGCACUGAAGAGAAAAAAGUUCGAGGUGGAGGCAGAGGAGGAGGAUGAGGAUGAAGAGGAGGCUAUCACCGGGGAGGACUCGAACGACGGCGGCGAAGCCUUCAAGAACUACCUCAAAUCGGUUCGAGAUCAGCUGCUGGAGGAUAACAUCGAGGAGAUUGAAACGGAAGAUGACCUGUUGGCCGUUGCCAAGGUCAACUUUGGCAAGCUGUCCGAGGCGGAGAAGAGAAAGCUGAAGAAGGGGCCUCUAAUUUCGAAGCGAUCUGCCAAACAGUCGUCCUCGAAGCGGUCCAAGCAGGCUGAGCUGAAGAAGACUGCUGAAGCUGAGGCGCCUAAAGUGAACAAAAUUACUAAUUUCUUUGGAAGAAAUAACAACAACUGA